AUGGCGGAGUUUGUUGCGGACUGGAUGGGCAUCAAUGGCAACAAGCAGCAGCAGCAGCAACGGCCUCUACCCCGGACGGGCGCACCCCUUUGGGCUCUGCUUGAUUGGAUUCACCUUGGGGCAGAAUUGCACUUGGAAGGUCGAGUGUCCAUGGCAACAUGCGGAUGGCGCGCCGUCAGCUGCAAAAUUGGCGGAUGCAGGUGGAGGCUAUGCAGUCAUUCCCGUAUCGCCGGCCAGGAUGGGCACGACGCCAGGCACCAGAAGGCUGCCAUUUGCUGCCGGCGGGCAUUUUGCACUGGGCCGGUGGUGUUGAUGACGCAGCUCGACGAUUGCAGCACCACCCUCUUUGUCACGCCGGGCACACGAGUGGAUGGUGAUGGAUGGCCAUGGAUGAUGAUGAUGGCGGCAAUGGUGUUGAUGAGCGGUGGCCGUGUCAAUCCAUCCACACCCUUCCACACCCGACUUGCCUGGAUCAGCAUCACCACCCUGGUGGCGAGACCCUCCGGCUUCACGCCCUCUGAUACGGCCGUCUCCCUAGCGCGUGAAUCAAACCUGCUUGCAAUCUACUGCGACACCGCUACUCUCGCUCCUGCACACCAAAUUUCCCAUGGGCGAGCAUCCAAAUUGAGCGCGCACCGCCACAGUGCUAAGCAGCCACAGCGGUAA